AGUGGCCGCAGUACCAUCGCUACCAUCAGUUCACCGAGUAAAUUCGUGCGGUACACACGCGAUCUGAAUUGUUCUUGCGCCGCCACAAUGUCCAAGUACAGAAUUGUAAUGGUUCGCCACGGCGAGAGCGAAUGGAAUCAGCUCAAUCUUUUCUGCGGAUGGUUCGACGCUGGUUUAUCAGAGAAGGGAAAGAACGAAGCGGUUGCUGCUGGAAAAGCUCUCAAGGCGGAGGGUUACACCUUUGACGUAGCUCACACGUCGAUGCUUACUCGGGCCCAGACGACGCUUCAAGCUAUACUAAAAGAAAUUGGCCAGGAGAAUUUGCCAAUUGAAAAAACAUGGCGUCUCAACGAGCGCCACUACGGAGGACUUACCGGAAUGAACAAAGCUGAAACAGCAGCCAAGUACGGCGAGGCGCAGGUUCAGAUUUGGAGAAGGUCGUUUGAUACUCCGCCACCUCCCAUGGAACCCGAUCACAAAUACUACGAAACUAUUGUCAAAGACCCGAGGUAUGCUGCGGAACCCAAGCCCGAGGAAUUCCCUAAAUUUGAGUCUUUGAAACUAACAAUUGAAAGAACUCUUCCCUAUUGGAACAACACCAUCAUUCCUCAGCUUAAGGAAGGAAAGAAGAUCAUCAUAGCUGCACAUGGGAAUAGUCUGCGUGGUAUUGUGAAGCAUCUUGAUGAACUUAGCAAUGAACAAAUUAUGGGUCUCAAUCUACCGACGGGAAUUCCAUUUGUCUACGAACUGGAUGAGAAUUUCAAACCUAUUGUAUCGAUGAAAUUCCUUGGCGAUGAGGAGACUGUUAAAGCAGCAAUAGCUGCGGUCGCUGCCCAAGGCAAGGCUAAGUAAUCUGUGGAGUAUGAUAUUGCUUCAGCGUGAGAUCCGGGUAUUAUUAUCAUUAGAAUAUUUCCCCCAUGUGGCUAUUUAUGAACCAGCAUAAACGGUAUGUUGUAUAAAUUAUUCAAUAACUGUCUAUUGUACUAGUCUGAACGUAUCUAUGAAUGAAUGUUACUAAUAAAAUGAAUUUUAAGUAAUAA